CACUCUGGCAAAUGUGAGGCCCUGGAGACGCAACUGAUUCAAUGUUUAAACCAGGGGUGUACUUACGCAGCAGGAGGUUACUGGCCUGAAGGAGAGUGGAACAGUGACUCCCACAAAAUGCCUUAUUUUGCAAAACUAAUUUUGCUGAUCUUUUGCCUGUUUCUCCUUGUGGAGAGCAGAAAGCACAGGAGAAGGAGAUGGACAGGACAAGUAGAGGUGCCGAAAGCAAGUCACAUAUAUAAAAAGAACCACGACAUGACCAAAGCUCAGACAGGAAGAAGUGAACAGCUCCUAAGGGUUGAUGACCAUGACUUCACCAUGAGGCCAGCCUUUGGAGGCCCUGCUAUUCCUGUUGGGGUGGAUGUGCAAGUCGAAAGCUUGGACAGUAUUUCUGAGGUUGAUAUGGACUUCACGAUGACACUAUAUCUGAGGCAUUACUGGAAGGAUGAACACCUCUCCUUUCCCAGUCAUACCAACAAAAGCAUGACUUUUGAUGGGAGGCUAGUGAAAAAGAUCUGGGUGCCUGAUGUCUUCUUUGUUCACUCGAAAAGAUCCUUUAUUCAUGACAAAACCACUGACAACAUCAUGUUGCGGGUGUUCCCGGAUGGCCAUGUGCUCUAUAGUAUGAGGAUCAUGGUGACAGCCAUGUGCAAUAUGGACUUCAGCUGAUUUCCACUCGAUUCACAGACUUGUACUCUGGAGCUUGAAAGUUAUGCUUACACAGAUGAGGAUCUGAUGUUGUACUGGAAAAAUGGAAAUGAAUCUCUGAAAACAGACAAGAAAAUCUCUUUGUCUCAGUUCUUGAUACAAAAAUUUCAUACAACCUCCAGACUUGCUUUCUAUAGUAGCACUGGUUGGUACAAUCGCUUGUACAUUAACUUUACUUUAUGUCGCCAUAUCUUCUUCUUUUUGCUCCAAACGUAUUUUCCUGCCAUGCUAAUGGUCAUGUUGUCCUGGGUGUCAUUCUGGAUAGAUCACAGGGCUGUGCCUGCAGGAGUUUCACUAGGGAUCACAACAGUGUUGACCAUGUCUACCAUCAUUACGGGCGUCAAUGCCUCCAUGCCUCGGGUUUCCUACAUCAAAGCUGUGGACAUUUAUCUCUGGGUCAGUUUUGUGUUCGUCUUCCUCUCAGUCAUAGAGUAUGCAGCAGUGAACUACCUGACUACAGUGCAAGAGCAAAAGCAGAGGAAGCUGCGGGAAAAGUUUCCAUGCACAUGUGGAAUACCUAGUACAAAAAUUAUGAUGCUGAAUGGUAUUUACAGUGGAUCGGAUACCAGCAGCCUAGAAGAGUACCCAAGAGGCCAGAUGGUGGCUGAGGAAGAUAAGCAAGACAAGAUGGUGGUCCAUUUGGCCCUGAAUAAUGAGUCUAAUUCAUCAAGGAAGAAAGGGCUGAAGGGCGUUAGCCUACGCAUCAUCCAAAAUACUCAUGCUAUUGACAAGUACUCAAGAUUAAUAUUCCCAGGCUGCUAUAUAUUUUUUAACUUAAUAUACUGGUCUGUCUUUUGCUGAACAUGUUGAAGCAGUGAUUGACCUGAGGGAUAUUUAAAAACUACAGUGUAUUUUGAUACUGUUUGUAUCUGGGAAAGUAAUUCCCUCCUGUGUCACCUUUUGAGUAUGAAAGCACUGAAUUUAUUUUCUAGGAGAAGACACUACGCACAAUGCUAUUGGAGACCAUUCACUUGUGUCAGUUAAUUUCUGCUUCCCACUCCUUUCUUAAUUUCAAUAGUCUUAUCUUUCAUACUUUCAUACAGCAGCAAACAAAAACACUUAAAACACUCUAAAACAUCAUAAAA